UCAGGAAUGUCCUCAAACUGUUUAAAUAGCAGAAGUAUCGAUGGGAGAAGUCAGUGGAAUAAGUCAAAUCCCCGGAAUAAAGCCCGGUGAGGAGCUCAAAGAGACUUUGAAACCAAUCUUCACCAAACUGAGGAGCUUCUACAGAGGACGAGGAGCAUUAAGGGAAGAGAAACAGGAGAAAUAACAAGAGAAGAAAGGACUUUUCCUACUUUUUAAAACAUUUUUACAGAGGGAGUUUUCAUUUAAAGGGAUCACUUGAGAUUUCAAGAUGAUGCUGUGUGGCAUCUUUUUGCUGUUGAUGCUUUGGAGUUGUGAAGGCGCGAGGUUGGCAGAGAGCCGAGAUGAUAACAGUGUGUUUGACUUGUUCGAUCUGGCUCGGGUAAACAAGAGACAUAAUGGAGUGAGUCUGGUCAGAGGCGAAGAUCCUUACAGCCCUGCAUUCAAAAUCUUGAACGCAGACCUGAUCCCCCAGGUCCCUGAUAGCGCCCUUAGGGACCUCCUUGACUCCAUUCAGAAUGAGAGGGGCUUCCUCCUCCUCGUCAACCUGAAGCAGGCCAAGAAAUCCAGGGGCAGCAUUAUGACCAUUGAGAAGACUGACGGCUCUGGACCCGUUUUCGAGAUCAUUUCCAACGGUAAGGCAAAGACUCUGGAUGUCUUCUUCUCCACUGGGAACCAGCAGCAGCUCGUGUCUAUUGAAGAUGCAGAUUUGGCCACCGGAAGCUGGAAGAACAUCACUCUGUUCGUUCAGGAUGACCGGGUGCAGCUUUAUGUGGGCUGUGAGGAGAUCAAUGUGUCGGAGCUGGAUGUGCCCAUCCAGAGAGUGCUGUCUCCAGAGGUGGCUGACAUUGCCAAGCUCAGGAUUGCAAAGGGAGCUGCCAAGGAAAAAUUCAUGGGGGUGCUUCAAAAUGUGCACUUUGUCUUUGGGACAACUCUUGAGGCUAUACUGAGAAAUAAAGGAUGCCAGAGUGGAGCCGCUUUAACUGAUGUCAUGACCCUGGACAACCCCGUCAAUGGCUCCAGCCCAGCCAUUAGGACUGAUUACACCGGCCACAAAGCCAAAGACCUGCAGACUGUCUGCGGCUUCUCUUGUGAUGACAUCGCCGGCAUCUUUAAGGAGCUCAGAGGACUCGGCACGGUUGUUAAACAGCUGUCAAAUGAACUCCGCAAAGUGUCUGAAGAAAGUGCGCUGAUGAAGAAUCAAAUAAACAUCCACAGUGGCAUUUGUAUCCACAACGGCAUAGUGCACAAGGACAAAGAUGAGUGGACCGUGGACGGCUGCACUGAGUGCACCUGCCAAAACUCUGCUACCGUGUGUCGCAAAAUCUCCUGCCCUCUGAUCCCGUGUGCUAAUGCCACCGUGCCUGACGGACAAUGCUGCCCUCGCUGUGGACCACCGAAUGACUAUGCAGAGGAUGGUUGGUCCCCGUGGUCUGAAUGGACCCCUUGUUCGGUGACAUGUGGCCGUGGCAUCCAGCAGCGUGGACGCUCCUGUGACCGCAUCAACAGCAACUGUGAGGGCACCUCUGUCCAGACCCGUGACUGCUACCCCCAGGAAUGUGACAAGCGCUUCAAACAGGAUGGCGGUUGGAGCCACUGGUCCCCCUGGUCUUCGUGCUCUGUGACCUGCGGUGAGGGGGUCAUCACCCGGAUACGCCUCUGUAACUCUCCAACUCCACAGAUGGGCGGUCGGGACUGCCAGGGACAAGGACGUCAAACUGAAAUCUGUCAAAAGUCACCCUGUCCUAUCAACGGAGGUUGGGGACCAUGGUCACCGUGGGACAGCUGCACUGUUACUUGUGGAGGAGGAAUCCAGAUGCGCAAACGUCUCUGCUCAGACCCCAUCCCCAAAUAUGGAGGAAAGGAGUGUGUUGGUGAUGCUACUACAUCUCAAGUGUGCAACAACCAGAGCUGCCCUAUUGAUGGCUGUCUGUCCAGUCCGUGCUUCCCUGGCUCAAGAUGCGCCAGCUUCCCUGAUGGCUCAUUCAAGUGUGGCAAGUGUCCUCUUGGAUACAGAGGGAACGGCAUCUCUUGCAAAGACAUUGAUGAGUGCACAGAGGUCCCUGAUGCCUGCCAUACACAUAAUGGAGCCCAUCGUUGUGAGAACACAGAGCCCGGUUACAACUGCUUGCCUUGCCCUGCACGUUUCUCCGGUCCUCAACCCUUUGGAAGAGGAGUUGAACAGGCAACUGCUAAAAAACAGGUUUGCAAACCUCGUAACCCCUGCCAGGAUGGUAGCCACGACUGCCAUAAGAAUGCAAACUGCAUCUACUUGGGCGUGUACUCCGAGUCCAUGUACCGCUGUGAGUGCAGGCCAGGUUAUGCUGGGAACGGCCGUAUUUGCGGAGAGGACACUGACUUGGACGGAUGGCCAAACACCAACCUGGUGUGUGUGGAGAACGCCACCUACCACUGCAAGAAGGAUAACUGCCCCAACCUUCCCAACUCUGGCCAGGAAGAUCACGACAAAGAUGGCCUGGGUGAUGAAUGUGACAAUGAUGAUGACAACGAUGGGAUCCCCGAUGAUAGGGACAACUGCCCAAGAGUGUACAACCCUGCCCAGUAUGACGCAGACAGGGAUGAUGUUGGCGAUACCUGUGACAACUGUGUGUUUGAGGAGAACACCGACCAAACUGAUACUGACAAUAAUGGAGAGGGUGAUGCUUGUGCUGUGGACAUCGAUGGUGACGGCAUUCUGAAUGAAAACGAUAACUGCCCAUACGUCUACAAUGUGGACCAGAGAGACACUGACAGGGAUGGUGUUGGAGAUCAUUGUGACAACUGCCCUCUGGAGCACAACCCUGAUCAGGUGGACUCUGACUCAGAUCGCAUCGGAGACAAGUGCGACAAUAACCAGGACAUUGACGAGGACGGCCACCAGAAUAACUUGGACAACUGCCCCUACAUCCCCAAUGCUAACCAGGCUGACCACGACAAAGACGGCAAAGGUGACGCCUGCGACCAUGAUGACGACAACGACGGCAUUCCUGAUGACAAAGACAACUGCAGGCUGGCCUUUAACCCAGAUCAAGUGGACUCUGAUGGUGAUGGCCGUGGUGAUGUGUGCAAAGACGAUUUUGACCAAGACAAUGUCCUGGACAUCUUUGAUGUGUGUCCCGAGAACUUUGACAUCAGUGAAACAGACUUCCGCAGAUUCCAAAUGGUUCCUCUGGACCCCAAGGGUACCUCUCAGAUUGACCCCAACUGGGUGGUCCGGCAUCAGGGCAAGGAGCUGGUGCAGACUGUCAACUGUGAUCCAGGCAUUGCUGUUGGUUACGAUGAGUUCAGCGCCGUGGAUUUCAGUGGAACGUUCUUCAUCAACACAGACAGAGAUGACGACUACGCUGGGUUUGUGUUUGGCUACCAGUCCAGCUCACGCUUCUACACCGUCAUGUGGAAACAGAUCACACAAACUUACUGGUCCCACCAACCCACAAGAGCUCAAGGCUACUCUGGACUGUCAAUCAAAGUGGUCAACUCCACCACUGGGCCUGGUGAGCAUCUGAGGAAUGCCCUGUGGCACACCGGAGACACCGCCGGACAGGUGCGCACUCUCUGGCACGACCCAAAGAACGUUGGCUGGAAGGACUUCACUGCCUACAGAUGGCAUCUGACACACAGACCUAAGACUGGACUUAUUAGGGUGGUCAUGUAUGAAGGCAAGAGAAUCAUGGCCGAUUCUGGAAACAUCUACGACAAGACAUACGCAGGUGGACGACUAGGCUUGUACGUCUUCUCUCAGGAGAUGGUUUACUUCUCAGACCUCAAAUAUGAAUGCAGAGAUACAUAAUCGGACCACAGAGACUUCCAGACAGAAUCAGCCUGUCAAUAUGAGUAUUUAAAACAAGACCUGGAUCAUCAUCUCUUUAACCCUUUCUUUUGAAAACUGCACAUUCAGAGGAAUGACGAGCAAGUGAGCAAGCAUGAGGAGAUCUGACCUCUGGACUCAAAGCCAAAUGAAAGUUUAAUGAUAAUUCUGCACCACUGCACCAAACUCAAAUAUGAGCGCAGCUCUGCUCAGAGGAAAUUGGCCCUCUGACUUUGAUCUGCAUUGAAAGGGGGCUGAAUUUAAUCGCUUUGCACACCUGAACUGUUGUUGGUUUUCCUCUGCGGAUGAGGGACCAAAGGAAAGACAGUUCCAUGUUUUUUGAUUAUUUUUUAAUUCCUUUUUUGAGCAUUAUUAUACAUCUGCUGUGGACUCAAAGAUACUUGUGUAAGUGUGAAGUGUGAAGGCAGUGGGAGAACUUUCAUAGGCUGGGGUGAUGACACCCGUUGAAGGAACUGUUGAGGGACCACGGACAGUAUGGACUGACUGAUACUAUCAAAGAGAGUGAAUGGUGUUUGUGUGUAUGUGCAUGUGUGUCACCCAACAAGCAUAGUUAAGAAGUCAAGUGCAUUAUUAUUUUUUUUUUAAUUGGUUCCUUUAAAUGACUGCCCAACCUUCUUUAAAGCAGAUCUGCACAUGCAUGGUCUUGUAUUUAGCCAAGGCUUAGGGCUGGCCCGGAAUAUUCGUCUUCUCAGGAAAAAGCACAAGAGGAAACAAGGAGAGCACAAAGUUCAGGACAGCACAGGGCCCCAAAGCAGAGACACUUAACACUGCUUUGGAAAAGUAAUUAUUAUCAAAUAUCUUGUAAAUAUCUCAGACAGUUUCAAGGGAUGUGAAGAUUAUGGGCCAGUCUAUUUCCUGCCACCAGAAAACCUAUGCAAGUAUAGCUGUCUUUAUUUACUUAUUCAUCAUAGAGGAUGUUAUUGUCGCUCAUCUUUGCUUCUUGCCAGCUUACAAUGUCGUCAGCAACCUAUUACAAACAUCUCAAAUUAGAAUCCCCUAAUGGCAAGAAAACGUAAAUAAUAGACACCACUUACAGUAAGUCUAGAUAUUCUGCUUGUACAGUGUGCAUGACUGGUGUGCCUGAGCUUGUGUGUACAUUUAUGACGAGGGGACAUCAAAAGAAACCCUUUAUGUACAAAUAUUACCUCAUUAAUUCUUCUUGUAUUGAGGCCAGCAAUACACAAGAAUCACUUGUCUUUGCAACAGAGUAUAAAUUGGUUGGCUUCUCUUUUCUUUUUUUUUUAAACGCAAGACUUUUUCAUCCUUUAUAUGCUGUAUAUAAGAUAUUUUUGUAGUGAAAGAAGCCCAAACAGGAACGUAAAGGAAUUAAAAGAAAUGUUAUCUUGACUUGUUUUGUGCUAAAUGUUUUUCCUGUGCAUUUUUUGAUAAAUUAUUAUGUUUGUUUUAUGUUGAGGUUAUUUCAUUUGUGUAGAUAUAUGCUAUUUAAAUAAUUUAUCUAGAAGCGUAGCCUCAUAUGGAAGCGUUUCUGUCUGUAUAAACUUAUUUGCACACUGACACGAGGAUGUCUUUGUUAAUUUUGUUUUUUGUAUGUGUCUUUUUUAAAUAAUAGUGAAGCUUUUCUAUAAACUUUGUACUAUAGUUUCUACUCAAAGUGCUGUUUAUACUCCGACCUGGUAUUUUGUAAUGUCAAGUGAACAAUAAACACUUCAGGAAAAAACAA